CUUCUGGGCUCUGGCGGCUUGUGUUUAGGAGGAGAGGAGCCCUCUACUUUGGAUUUCAAAAGGUGUAAAUCAGAGUAUCGUCAUUUCAGAGCUCCUUUUUUUGUUGUGAACGUGAAUAAUGGGGUCGAGGUGGAAAGGACAAGGGGCACAAGUUAAAGCUCUUGCAGAUCCCAUUUCAGAAAUAGUCAGCCAGCUCCAAUAUUUUCUGAUCAGCUCAAACUCCAUAGGACUGCUUUCUGGUAUGAGUGUGCUUCUUAAAGCAGAUGCAGAAUUAACUGACCUCCUCAAUCGUGCAUGUUUUGGUAGACCUAGGGUAACAUCAGAAAAGAAUGAGCAAUGGUUUCAGCUCUCCAUGGAAGAAGCUUUUUACCUUCAAUAUUCUCUAAAAUGCAUUAAGGUUGUUGACCACAAUGACACUGAACUGAAUAAUGAUGAGUUAUGGAAGCAUAUGACAUCCAAGAAGGAAACUUUUCCUAUCUUAUUCAAAGUUUUUUCUCACCUUCGAAGUAAGAACUGGGUGACUAGAUCGGGCUCUCAGUAUGGGGUAGACUUUGUUGCCUAUCGUCAUCAUCCUGCUUUGGUACAUUCUGAAUAUGCUGUGCUCGUUUUAUCAGCACAAGAUGGUAGUGCAAAUGGUCGCUUGAGAGUUUGGUCCGACUUCCACUGCACUCUUCGUCUUUGUGGUAGUGUGGCGAAAACAUUGUUAAUUCUCGAUAUUGAGCAACAACAACAAAGUUGUGCAGCUUCUCCAUCAUGCUUAGAUAAUUAUAUUGUUGAAGAGAGAACAAUCACAAGAUGGAGUCCAGAGCAAGGCCGUGAGGAAAAAGUAAAAUGUGAUCCAAGUUGAAUCUGUUGAGAUGCACCACAAAGGUCUAUAGGAGG